AUGACUGAAGCCAUUUAUGGAGGCAUUCUCAAUUCUGAAAAUGCUAAGGAGUACUUGAAGGCAAUGACUGAGAAGUUUAAAGAAUCAGAUAAGGCUGAAACUGGAAAUAUGAUGAAUAGGCUGGCUACUAUGAAGUAUGAUGGUAUGGAAGAUAUGAAGGUGUAUCUCCUAGGCAUGGUAGAGACUGCCAGCAAGCUAAAGGCACUUAAUGUUCCUAUCGCCGAUCCUUUUCUCGUUCAUCUUGCUUUGAACUCUCUCCCUUCAUCAUAUGGACAACUUAAGGAGGCUCGGAUCAAGAAGGAAAAAGAAGUUAACACUGUGCACCUCACCACCAAUGCUCCCAAACGUCACUUUUCUGAGCCUGGCUCACAUACUUCUGCCAACAAAGAGAACUCUAAGGCUAAUCUUCCUCCUAAAAGUAACAAUGUUGUUUUCACCACUGAAACCGUAGGACAGAAACGAUCACUAGAUAAUGAGAAGUCUACAAAACUAUGGCACAAAAGAUUAGGUCAUGUGUCUAAGAAAAGAAUGCAAAGGCUAAUUCAAGAAGGAAUUCUUCCUUCCUUGAAUUUUGCAGACUUCACUGAGUGUGUUGAGUGCAUAAAGGGAAAAAUGACUAACUCUAGAAAAUUGGGAUCCACACGCAGUCAGCAACUCCUAGAGAUAAUUCACACUGACAUUUGUGGUCCUUUUCUAGUUGAAACUCUAGAAGGACAUAGGUACUUCAUCACUUUCAUUGAUGAUUUCUCUAGAUUCUGCUAUCUCUACCUAAUCCAGACCAAAUCUAGUGCCUUUGAAGUUUUUAAAAUAUUUAAAACUGAGGUUGAAAACCAACUUGAGUUAAAGAUUAAAGUGUUAAGAUCUGAUAGGGGAGGAGAAUACUAUGGCAAUUGCUUAAUACACAAACCCUGGAACUCCUCAAGAGAAUGGAGUGUCAGAAAGAAGGAAUAUAACCUUGAAGGAUAUGGUGUCCAAGGUUGUAAAGCUGAGGCAAAAGUUUACAAUCUAAACUUGGGAAAUUUGGAUCUCAAGACUGUGAGCUACAUGUUUAUAGGAUAUGCAAAAAGAUCAAAGGGUUUUCAUUUCUAUUGCCCCAACUAUACCAAUAGAGUUGUUGAGACAGGAAAUGCUAAGUUUCUAGAGUAUGAUGGGGAUAGUGAAGGGGCAAACAGGAAUUUUACUUUUGAUGAAGAAGAAGAAAUAUGA